GUGUUUUUGGCAGCGUUUCUCACAACGCCUGCCUGCAUUCUCGAGCCUUGGUAAACAUAUACCAGUAGUUCAUUGCCGGCCGUAUCUUUGCUCAAGCCUGCGACUUCUCAAUUCUUUUAUCACUCAUUUUCCUGCAUUGUGCAGGCGGGAUUCUGCGUACGAUCAGCAGACCCCAACCACAACCUGAAAUUUAACGACCGCGACGCCGCCCCUCGAUCUUGUGCCCACUGGGGUAGUGGCCCAACCAACCAACCACUACGUCUUGCACUUCCCAGACUUACUUAAUCCCCUGAUCCCCGCACACCUCUUAAGACGGGCGGGCCCACAGUCGCGCGCGGCUGUCGCCUGGGCCUAGAAACCUGCAAUCAGCCCAAACCUGGCUGUCCUCCAAAGACACCACCACUCACCCGCAGUCACCAUCCCGAGUAAUCCGCAUCCGCGACCACCAACAGUCAAGAGUCCCAGGUGGUCUGGUGGAAAAUACCCUUCCCGACCCAUUUUUGCAACCGGUGCAUUACGUUGGGUCUACCCCGCGCUUGCAUUUGACCCAGAAGUGUCGAGGCGCAACUUUGCGGUUGCCUUGCUCAAUUCCAUACAGCACCCUCGGUGGAGCAUCAUCACUCAAAGCCUCCCCAAAGGCGCCAUAGCAUUCCUCCUUCCCCAUUUCUUUUCCCUUCCUCCCCUCGCCAACCUGCGAGGCCAUCCUGUCAUCCACAGCCAUCCUCGAGCGAACCCGAAUAGCAAGCAACCUGGCAGGGAACAAGCGACGCAGUCUCUCCUCUCAAGGAGGCCUGCUCAAUAGGAUGUUUGGCGGCGGUUCUGCCUCAUCCAAAGCCGACGGUUCGAUCGCCACGAAUAACCUCGGCGGCACAGGCGCCACGGACACCAUCACAAAGACGUCACCAUCUAGCUUGUCCCCUGGAGGAGCCAGCGGCAACAAAUCCCCUUCACCCGAAGAUGCGGACGCAACAUCGGGCGCUGCCACCCUACCUACCAGCGGCGAAAAAAGGAGUGGGAAUGGAAGCCCGCCAGCCUCUGUCGGCGCCGCCGAGCAGAAGAAGCGCCGAAGCAGUGGUGUCAGUAGCAAGGCCAGCAGCCUUCUUGCGAGCGCCAAGAAUACACUGAACUUUGCCCAAGGUGGUGGGCGCGCAUCCUCCGGUGCCAACUCGGCGAGCCAGACACCGCUCCAAAAGCUAGGAAAGCAAGACCCUGCCCUUGCUGUACCGCAGGGCCAGCAUAACAACUCUGCGGGCGAAUCCCUGCCUGGGCCCCGGUCUACCUUCCGUGUCGGCGUGUGGGAAGACCGCAACAAAAAAUGCCGACGAACCAUGGAGGACACCCACGCGUUUCUCUACAAUUUCCUCCACACACCAUCGUCCGGCGUAUCGACGGGCGAUGGUGGCGCCAGCCCCCCAACCGCCGGAGCGUCGGGCCAGGAAGCGGCGGAGACGGACAAUGGGUAUUUCGCCAUCUUUGACGGGCAUGCGGGAACCUUUGCUGCAGACUGGUGCGGGAAGAAGCUGCACUUGAUUUUGGAAGAAACAAUCAGGAAAAACCCCAACGUACCCAUCCCAGAGCUUCUCGACCAGACGUUCACGACUGUGGAUACGCAACUAGAAAAGCUGCCCGUCAAGAACAGCGGCUGCACUGCCGCCAUAGCCGUCUUGCGCUGGGAGGACCGAGUUCCGAGCAGCCAAUCUGCCACGGGGUCGCAGCCUGUUGGUGCCGCAAAGGCUCUCGAGGACAACUCGAAGCCUGAGGAAGCGGCUGGGCCCCGCCCCCCGGAUGUGCGGGCCAAGGUACCCGUGUCGAGACAGCGCGUGCUCUAUACGGCGAACGUGGGCGAUGCUCGUAUCAUCCUCUGCCGAUCGGGUAAGGCGCUGCGGUUGUCCUAUGAUCACAAGGGUAGUGACGAGAACGAAGGAAAACGCAUCACCAACGCCGGAGGCUUGAUACUCAAUAAUCGCGUCAAUGGGGUCCUGGCAGUAACCAGAGCUUUGGGCGAUACGUACAUGAAGGACCUCGUGACGGGCCACCCUUAUACGACCGAGACGGUCAUCCAACCCGAUCUGGACGAGUUCAUCAUCAUUGCUUGCGAUGGACUAUGGGACGUCUGCGACGACCAAGAAGCUGUCGAUCAAGUCAGGAACAUACAGGACCCAGCCGCCGCCUCCAAAUUGCUGGUCAACCAUGCACUUGCCCGCUUCAGCACAGACAACCUUUCCUGCAUGAUUGUGCGAUUCGACAAGCAGGCUGUGGUGGACGGACAGGCGGCCAACGAGCCCCUCGAUACCACAGAGGGCGAUACUGGAGGAAAACCAAGCGAGGCCGAUCGAAUCGUGAAUGUAGCGAAGCAGAAGAUGACGGACAAUGGCGUCCCGGGAGUCGGCGUUUCUCCCAGCAGUAACGCCCCGCGAGGUCAUGAUGCUAUUCCGUCGAUCAGCGAGGAGCCCUUGGCAGUCGCGGAUCAAUCCGACAUGCCGCCCAGUGAGGCGGGGCCGGUAGAGUCUUCUAAAGACCGAGCCUGAUUUGACAUAGACUCGGCCCCAGAUCUUGCAUCACUAGAUGGACAUCCUAUACUCAGAGUCCGGGCUGAACCGGCAUCAUCACUGCUAUAGAAGUCGAUCAAGAGGGCAACCGCAAUCGCGCCCGCAUGCCCAGUCCAUGGACACCCAGCUGAUCUGCGAGGUGUGAGAUAAUUGAAGGGAAUACGCGCGCGCGCAUACAUAUAUGUGGAGGGAUACCUAGGGAACUAUCGGGGUGGUGGUGGCAAUUGCAAUCUGAUGUGUCGCGGGCCGCUUUGCCAGCAGAUUGGGGUUAGUGGUGGGCGGAGUGAUGCCUGCAUAAGAAUGUUGAUGGCUGAGACGGGAGGCUUAGAGACAGAUGGGUUGUGCAGGCGGCCUUGCUGACAGACUGGAGGAAGGGGACUACAAGAGCACAUGCAAGACACAGCUAUGGAGACCAGUUAUCGUUCGAUAAACCCGAUCCGCGCGCUUGCUGCACCCAAUAGUAAUGGGUCAGAAACCAUCUCGCUCCGGACAGUGGAUUGCAUUCCGCGCACUCACAUUCAGGGUUUAAUGUGAGGUACCUGCGUAG